AUGCCAAACAUGAGCGGAGCUAUUAUUAAGCUGCAUAAAGAAGGAAGAAGGCAAUGUGAUAUUGCGAAAUUGUUAAAUAUCGCAAAAUCUACAGUAUCCCACGUGGUCAGACGGUAUGUAGAGCUUGGACAUGAUGGUGACAGACCUAGAAGUGGCCGUCCAGCAACUGUAAACACCCGCGCCAACAGACAGUGGACCAAGAAGCGAUUCAUGCGUAACCCAAGGACUCCAGUGCGUAAAAUGGCACGACAGGCCGGUCUGAAAGAAACUUCACUUUGCCGUAUAGUCAGAAAGAGCUUGAAGAUGAAGCCGUACAAACUCAAGAAAGUUCAGAAACUUACUGAUGAAAACAAAAAAGUACGGUUUAAAAGAAGCAAAACUCCGAUACACCGGGCCGCUAACGGAAAUUGGGAGCGCAUUUUCUUCACUGAUGAGAAGAUAUUCACGUUGGAACAGGCACACAAACCCUCAAAAUGA